AUGAAUAUUGUUAGUGUUGGUAUUGAAAAAUAUAAUAACUCGUGUAGCGGCGGUAAGAGUUUCAUUGUAAAAUGUUUUUCUAAAGAAGAGUGUCAUUGGCCAAGCGGUCAAAAAUUAAAACAGGAUUCAUUAAAGAAAUAUCAUAUCGAAAUGUUGUUAAGUGCUCAACUUAAAGGGGUGGAUGUGGUAAUAAGCAUGAUGGGAAACAAUUACGAACAUCAAAAAUUGAUCAUCAACGCCUGUGUCGAAGCACAGAUUCCACGGUUCGUUACAUGGGAAUAUGGAGUUGACCUUCAUUCGAUUGAUGACUCCGACUAUUCAUCCGAUUCUGAACCCAUCAAUAUUACAACAUUUCUCGACAAUACUCCCUCAUCUUUCAAAUAUACUCUCUUUCACACCGGUUUCCUCCAAACUGAAAUCUUGUCAAACAACAUGGGAUUCCAUUUCAAAGACAAGAUCAUUACCUUCUACGGGUCCGGUGAAGAGCCAUUCAAUAUUACGUUUAAACACGAUUUAUUGAGAAUUCUGGUAUAUAGUGCUGUCGAGGAUAAGUUGGAUCUGUAUAGACGAAAGAUUGUUAUUGGUAAGCGGACGAGUCAACGACAGAUCUAUGAUGAAUUAAAGAAGGAAAUUGGCACACCUAUUAAAGUUUAUAAAUUCCGCUUCUCUGAGAUUCCUGAAAAUCAACGUUUACAACGUUUACUAGCUAUUGGUGGACUAAAGGCCUUUGUGGGUAAAAAUGAAAUUCAUCAGUAUUUUCCGGGAUUUGAUGUGUCUACUCUUAGGAAUUGGUUUGAUAAAUUUGCGGAUGAUGGCAUGAAUAACAAGUGUUGUCCGGUGAAGCCUGGACAUAAUUUUAUUAAAGAGAAUGGUUCAAAG